GGGGAGAAAUUGAUCACAUGGGCCCUAACUUUUUUCGGCCUCGUUUCUUACUGACAUAACAAUUUUCAAAGAGAAGAGCAGGAAAAAGUGGUAAUGUACAUGGAGUAUUAACUAAGCGUUAAGAAAAACUCAACAAAAAGUCAGGGUGUGCACUCCAAACGUUAGUUGAGUCUUAAAAAAUACCUGGCAGUUUUAGAUGAAUUGAAUUUUCAAUGAAUAAACGGAAAGCAGUGGGUUCAACUCCAGCCAAAAUUUCUAGCUCAGCCAAGAAACCGAAGCAAAAAUCAAUCCAUGCUUUUUUCGGUGGAGGAAGUGCGUUUCAGAAGGAAAAGACGACGAAGAUAAAAGGUUUUCACACAGCUGUUGCGAUAAAGAAAACACAUGUUAAAACGACUUCAGAAAUUGUCAGUCUGAGUAGUGACGAGGAAGAGGAUGAAAUCAAGACGAAAAUUGAGAAAAAACCAACCAGUAAAUCGAACAUUAAAAACACCUCUGAGAAUGCUAGGUUGAUUUAUGGAAAAGCUCGGAAAUUAGAAAAAAAUGAGGUUUGCGAUUUGAAUAUUGAUGAUGAAAUCUGUUACUCGCCAAUAUCCGAAUUUGAAUCAGGUUGUCAGGAUAAAACACUAGAGGCUUCAAUUAGAACGGAUAGUCCAUCUUGUCAUAAGAAAACCGAAAUAACUCUGAAUACUGAAUCAGAUUUAGCGAAUAAAAAACGGGACGCGAAAUCCUUAAUAUUGAAACCACAACCAAUGGUUGCCUCGCAUGCGAAAAAAGUAAAGCAAUGCCGAUUUUCCAAUGAUAUGUCGGGAAUUGAAAACGGAAUGAAAAAGUGUCCGUUUUUUAAGCGAAUACCAAACACAAAUUUUGUAGUGGACGCCUUUUCGUACGGGAGAAUCGACAAAAUAUCAGCUUACUUUCUGUCGCAUUUCCAUUACGACCAUUACAUGGGACUGAACAAAAACUUCACUGGCAAAGUAUACUGCAACGAAAUAACAGCCAAACUUUGUAAGCUGAAACUUGGUUUGCCAGAGCAUAAAUUAGUUGUUCUGCCGAUGAAUACCUUGACGGCUGUGAAUGGAAUUGAGGUUUUGUUAUUAGAUGCAAAUCACUGUCCUGGAUCUUGCAUGUUUCUGUUUAUUCUGAGUGAUUUUGUAAUUUACCUGCACACUGGAGAUUUCAGAGCGAGUGAGAGUUGCUCCGAGCUGUGGACAAAUCUGGAGCCGUAUCGCACUCGAAUGGCGACUUUGUUUCUGGACACGACCUACUUAAACCCUACUUACGCGUUUCCUUCUCAGGUUGAAAUUGUGAACAAAGUGGCCGAAUUGGUUCUGUCAUUGGUCGAGAAAAGAGGAAAGAACAAUAUUUUGUUCGUUUUCGGCUCCUACACAAUCGGUAAAGAGAGAUUGUUUUUAAAAGUUGCCGAAGUGUUAGAUGCAAAAAUCUCAGUCGAUAAACCGAAAUUCGAUAUUUUGAAUUGCUUCGACUGGCCUGAAAUUUCUCAACGUGUUGAGUUGCGAUCGAAAUUAGCGAUGAUUGUAGUAAAACCAAUGCAAGAAAUUAAAGUGCAAAAUUUAAGAUACCUCAGUACGAAAUUAACAGGUUCUCGUAGAUUUAGUCACGUGGUAGGGUUCAUACCUACGGGAUGGUCGCAGAGCAAAGGGUUUAGUUUAGAGGACAGCUUACACCCGUCGUCAGAGCAAGGAAAUAUUAGUAUUUAUUCGGUUCCUUACAGUGAACACUCGAGCUUCGAAGAAUUGAAGCAGUUUGUUCAGUUUUUGAAACCGAAAGAAGUCAUACCGACAGUUGGACACAACUACAAAGAAAUGCAGAAUUAUAUUCAAUCGUGGCUGAAAGAUUGAACUGUUUGACACUAAUAGAAAAUGAUUUGAUUUAGUUUGAUUUGUUUGUAUUUAUACGAGCUUGCUGGAAUUUGAUUGUUUUAGAUGG